AUGGACUGGAACUUCCUCUCCUUUACGGAGCGAUGGCAGCAAGAUGCCAAGCACUACGGGGUCGCCAUCCUCGUUCCAGAGUCCCGAGGGCCGACCUGGGACUACCUGCUCACGGGCCAACGACAGGACAUGGACUUCAUGGAGUUGGCCAUCAAUGAGGUCCGCCGCCAUGUGCCCAUUGACGACAGCAGCAUCGCUGUGAUGGGCAUGUCUGACGGUGGCUCGCUGGGGCUGUCGAUGGCGCUUCGGAACCCUUCCUUGUUGCGCACUGCGCUUGUGCAGGCUGUCGGCUUCUUUGUCGACGCACGGGAUGCUCGUGAGAAGCCACGUAUAUUCCUGGAGUACGGCGCCAAAGACCGGCUCUUCACCCCAGAGGCGGUCGCGCGGCCGCUUUGUGCACGGCUGCGGGCAGCGGGGUACUCAGUCGAAUUCUCCAUGGUUCCGGAUGCAGGACACAUGGUGCGCGAACAGUUUUUUGCCUCUGCCAUGGACUUCUGGCUCUCGGAGUCAGGGCCAGCAGAUGCGCGACAGGCAUCAGCCCCCCGCAAGCUGCUGCGGUGA